AUGAAAAGUUUAUUUAAAAAUGAUAAAAAUGAACAAACUCGUUCACAUACUUCUAAUCCUGAAGAAGAUGGAAAAUCUAAACCUUCGGUGAUGUCAAAAUUAAAAAGUUUACGUAAAAAGAAAGAUAGUAAUGGUGAACUUGAUAGAAGAAGUAUAACUGAAAAAAAUCUUGAUGAAUCUUUUGUUACAAAAGAUGAUUAUGCUAAAAGUAUUAAUAGUAAUCAUCGUCAAAGUAUUAUAAGUAUUAAUGGUAAUAAUCGUGUUAGUGUAGCUGAUUAUGAUAAUUUAGUUAAAGAAUUAGAAAAAGCUAAUAAUGAAAGAGAAUCUAUUAAACAACAAGCUGAAAAAGCAAAAGAAGAACUUGAACGUCGUGAUAGUGAUAUUCAAAGUUUGAAAGAUGAACUUAGAAAUAGUAAAGAAUUCGCUGAAAAAUUACAAAAAGAUCCUUCUUUACCUACUACUCCUGAUCGUCAAUCACAUGACCUUUCUUUGGCUGUCGAUAAUGCUCUUCAACAAGAAGUUGAUCGUUUAAAGAAUGAAUUACAACAAAAAAAUAAUGUUAUUGAACAACUUAAUUCAAAAUUAGCAAACUCAACUGAUAAUAAUGAUAUUAAAAAAUUUCAAUUUGAACUAGAAGAAAAAGAUCAAUUAAUUAAAAAAUUAAAUGCUGAAUUACAAGAUCGUCAUUCGGAGCUUAAUUCAAACAAACAAGAAAUUGAAAAGAUAAAGAAAGAAGCUUUGGAAAAAUCUAAAUCAAUGACUUCAGAAACUGAAAAUACUAAAGUCGCUCUUGAAGUAAACAAACAUGAAAUCUCUAAUUUAAAAGCUGAACUUGAACAACGUAAUACUAUUAUUCAACAAUUAACUUCCGAUUUAAAUACUCGUAAUUCGGCUCUUGAAAAAGCUCAAGUUACUCUUAAAUCAAGUGAUGAACUUUCUACAAGUUUAAAAUCUGAAGUUGAUCGUUUAACUUCUGAUUUAGAAUUGAUUAAAAAUGGUUCAAAAGGAAAAAUUGAUCCUUCGGAAUUUGAAAAAUGUAAAAAUGAUCUUAAUUCUUGUCAAAAUGAGAUUAUUAAAUUAAAUGCUGUUAUCGAAGAAGCUCAACAUUCUUUAACAAUGAAAAAUGAAGAUUAUACUAGUGUUAGUCAUAAUUUAGAAAAAUCUCUUGCUUCAUUAAGAGAAAGUAAUGAAGAAGUCGUUAAAUUGAAAUCUCAAUUUGAAAAAACUCAAAAUAAUCUUAAAUCAAAUAUUGAAGAAAUUUCUAGAUUAAAAUCAGAUAUUCAAGAACGUGAUCAAAUUAUUCAAGAAUUAAGAGAUAAUUUAGUUUCUAGUAAACAAGCAACUGAAUCAAAAAUUACCGCUGAAAGAGAUUCUUUAAAAAAAGAAUUACAAAAAACUAAAGCUGAUUAUCAAAAUCGUUCAAAAGAACUACAACAAGUGAAUAUUGCUCUUCAAGCUGCUAGCACUGAAAAACAAGUCGUUAUUGAACAACGUAAUCAACUUCAAGCUGAACUUGAAUUGGCUCAAACUAGUAUUCACAAAAUUAGACAUGAUCUUGAACAAAAUUAUUCGGAUUUACAAGAAGUAAAGAAUCAACUUAAUGAACGUGAUCAAAAAAUUAAUCAACAAUCCAUUCUAGUACAAUCAAUGGUAUCAAAAGAUAAAUUUGAUUCUAUAAAUAAAGCUUAUAAUGAAAUUAAAUCUGAAUUGGAAAAUACGAAAUCCGAACUUGAAUUAAAACGUAAUUCACAAGCUGAUGGUUCAUCCGUUGAAGAACUUCGUGCUCAACUUUCAAAUGCAAAAGCUGAAUUGGGUGCAAAAGAAUGGGAAAAGAAACAACGAGAAGAUGCCAAGAGUCGACAACAACUUGAGCAAAAAGUACAAGAAUUAAUGAAUGAAAACGAACGAGUACGACUUGAAAAUAUCUCUUUAUCAGAAUAUGAACGACAGGCUCGUGAACUUGCUGAAUCAAUGGCCAAAAAAUCAAAAUCACCGAAAUCACCGAAAUCACCAACUAUUAAUGUAAUACCUGCUGAAACAGCAUCAACGAAUAAUUCACGAAGCAUUGAACCAUCAUCAUCAAAACCUGAAACGAUCUUUGAAGUUCCACCUCCGAAACGUAAUAGUGCAAUUGAACCAUUAGAUACUAAUGGUGUUGCAACUAUACCGCAAGCUAACGUACGAGAUCAGAAAAAGGUGGUCCCAGAAAUUAGUAAAAAUGGUGUAAUCUCACGACCAAAGAAGGACGAUGGAAAUGAUGGAUGGAUUACUGUAAAACGAAGAAGUAUGAGACAAAGGAACAGUAUGGUAAUGGCAUAA